AUGGCAUCGACGAACACAUUAGGGGAUUCGUGGGUCGUAUCAGACCUUGAAGAGUCCACUGUUAUUAUCAAGGGCAAUUCUGCAUCCUCGUCACAAAACCUCACACCACCGUCUUCCUCAGAAAGCGAGAGCUACCAGGAGACAGAUCACGCAACUUCUUCCGCCACGGAUCUGCCAGACCUUACAGAGUCUACUGCCACUUUGGCUUCAUCUACAUCCUCAGGCCCAGAACUAAUAAUGCCCUCGAUCAUAUUCGACAGCCGCACAUCAGAUCAUGGCUCGUGGGUGAUUCCGCGCAAACGCAGCAAACAGUCUCUUUACGAAAGUCGCAAGGCUCCCAGGCUACCUAAGCCAUCGCGCAACCAUCUCUCAGCUCAUGAACAAGAGCACCGCAAUCAUCAUAAUAUUACUUCACUAAAGAACGACCGCCAGCCUUCUCCCACGGCUGCAGCUACAGCAGCUACAUCCGAUAGAGGCGCGCUAGGUUAUUUUGCGCAAAUCAAAAGCUAUUUAUCCGGAGACCUGGAGCGCUACGAGUUUUUCAGGCUCCUUCUGAACUCUCUUUUGGUCUUGAUGGUAAUGCACCUACUCAUAUUUCCAGAAGUGGUCCAUCAAGUCCCCAUAAUUUGCCGGGUACCGCCAGUGUCUAGGAUAUACAACCAAACAUGUGCGGGACGAAAUCGCAACGUCUCCGAGAUUGCGAGUAUUACUGCCAAUUUCCAGUCCGCUGUACGCACACAAACCCAGCUUCAGAUUUACCUCAAUCAGACAAUCGAGGACAUGGCUCCUGUCGACUUGUCUCUGAAAGAUAGUGACGCUAUCCUCCGUGGUAUAUACACUGAUAUCCGCAAUGAGUACGGGGGCGCGCGGCAUGAGAUUGAACUGGAAUUCGAGGGCAUCUGGGUUGCCUCUCGCGCCAUCACGCGUGCCUUGACGAACCUGAAAGUAGAUAUCAAGGCCACCGUCGACGGAUUUCAGCUGCCGCCACAUCGAUAUGAAUACAUCAAGGGAGCGAGAAGCAACCGCCAGGCAUCCGGAAAUAUUAUCAAUCGUUUACUGUUCCGUGGACUCUCGGAUACCGACAAGCAAGAGCCAAACAUAAACCAAUUUGGACGCCUGAAUCAAGAGCUGGAUUCGGCCCUCACUCGUCUCGCACACAAAACAGAUACCCUAUUAGUGCAGCUGGCAAAGCUAGAUGACCAUCUGCAAUCGAUCAAACAACUGAGCGUUCGCGAACACUACCGACUACAACCGCAAUCGUCCGAUACAAAUCAAAUGGACAACGUGUGGGUAACCUUGAGCGGCUUCAUUCGUGGACCGAGGAGUUCCAGUCCGGUAGAAAACAAUGAGAAAGAGAAUACAAUCCUCAAUGAGCUGGAGCAGAUUGCUUCCUAUCAUGAUCUUAUGGCGGAUAUCGUGGGUAAGCUGGACAGGGAGUUGAAGGCGUUGCAGAAGAUUCGUGCUAUUCGUGGUUGA